GUCGAUGAUGAAACCAUCGUUGCGGAGCGAUGCUGUCGCCGCCGCCUCGUUCGAUCGAUCAGCGGCAUUCAUGGGCCACGAGUAUGCCCUGGAAGCCGAGGAGAGUGCCCAGGCUGGAAAUCUGCGACGAGCGGAACAACUCGAGCGGCUCGCCAGCAGCAGCUACCUUCGCGCAAUGGAGGCGGUGCGGCAAGAAGACAACAAGACGCGCGCAGCAUUGAAGCUCAUUGCCGACAACCACGAGCAGCGCGCGAUGCGGUGGCAUCGGACGCUCACAUUGAAUCAGAGUCCGCAUGCCUCGUCCGUUCCGUCCCACAUCACUAUCGCCGCCACGGCAACACCGACAACCUCCUCGGUGCCGCUUGAUCAUCUCACGUCGCCAACCACCGUUGCUCCUCCUCCCUCGACGGCGCCUACCACGGAAGACUACAACUUGCCGCUGCAGACGGCCGCGUCGGAGAUGGAGGAGUUGUUUGAUCGCUUGAAGGCGUUAGGUCUGGGCCCACUUCCUUCGACACGCCACUCCUCACAGUCUCAUCCUUCCCCGGGUCACCAUCCUUCACAGCCGUGGAUGAAGCAGCACUUGAGCUCGGACUUGGGCGAUUCGUUCUGCUUGUUGCCGAAAGCCAGCCAUGGCAAAGGAGCGUCGUCAUCGUCGUCGUUGGCUGCCCAUCGUGUGGAUGGCGGGGCCACGUUGAAGGCGGCCGCGGCCCAUCGCAUGAAGAACCAGCGCGAAAUGUUAAUGGAGAAGCAAGGAAGCGGAGGGGGCAGCGGCCGAAGAAGCGCGUCGGACAGUACGACGGCGGAGAAGCCAUCCAUGAGGCGGCCAUCGGCAUCGGCGGGUGCUUUCGACGGAUCAUUAACGACUGACGGCUCGACGAUCAUGGACGCGGAGAUGGAGCAGCUCAGGACGGCGCUGGCUCACCAAAAGUUUGAAGCGAAUCGGUUGAUGCAUACUAUCAAGACCCUCGGCAGCGAAAACGCCAAGUUGAUUCAAGUAUGUCCGAGACGAUAUAUAAAUAGUAAUGUGUGGCAGGACACUGAGUCGAUGGCGCGGCUGCGCGAAGAGAACAAGCGGCUCGUGCACGCCAUGGACGAGUUCAAGACGGAAUACCAUCAAAAGUUUGCCGUGUUGAAGCGCGCGUUGGAGGAGUGGCGCCGCCAAGAAGCAAGUCGCCAGACCACGCGAAGCCACGACCUAGCGAGACUGGAGUUGUCGUCGUCAGAGUCCAAACUGGAAGCCGACAUGCAGAUCUUGCGCGACGAGUUGGCGGCUGCGACCGACGCCAGUCGUCAAAAAGACGUGCAGUUGCAGCGGUAUGAGACGUGGUUCAAGUCGCUGAAAGCGUCGGCCAAAGCCAAGCAGCAAAGUCGCGACUACUCGAAUGCUGCAGACAAAGACGACAGAAACAUGUCGUUCGAUACGAUGUCGCAGAUGCCGCCACCAGGGGCUGCCUCGUCGUCGUCCACGCGGCGGGAUCUGUGAGCGACAUGCACACGAUCGACAUGGGAGAAGACGGUGUCGCAUAUCUAACGUGUCACAUGGGAAAUAAUACCUUUAUUAUGUUAUGGUAUGUGUGGUCAA